UCCCAGGAUGCGCUUUCCAGGAGUUCUUUUUGGAGUUAUUUUGCUUUAUCCAAGCAUCAUAGCAAAGAAGACCACCAGAGAUACCUUCUACCUCUUGGCUGUAACCUCCAAGGCUGUAGGGGGCACAACAGAGACGUUAUGUGUCACAGUCAAACCUCAUCAGAAAUUUUCACUGAAAGUGAUCCUGGAGUGUAAUGAAAACAAACUCACUCUUCUGAUGGAACAGGAUAUAAGACUAGAAUAUUACCGCUGUGUCCCAUUCAAGGUUCCUGUCGUAAGUGUGGAAUCAGUGGCAUCUAUUGACAUUCAUAUAGAAGAAGAAAAUGAAAUCCUGAACAAGACAACAAAGAUUCUCAUCACACCUCCGAAUCAUCUGACCAUCAUUCAGACAGACAAACCCAUCUACAAACAAGGACAAACUGUCAAAAUCCGCAUUGUGUCUCUGGAUUCCUAUUUCCUCACCUACAGUCAGACGUUUCCGACAAUAGAAGUGCAGGACCCGAACUCAAACCGCAUCGGUCAGUGGCUGAACGUCAGCACGUACAGCGGCCUGGUGGAUCUGUCGUAUCCCUUAAACUCUAAGGCCACCAAAGGAGUUUAUAUCAUCACCGUCUGGAACGAGAAAAGCGAAGCGAUCACACAAUCCUUCGAAGUCAAGGACUACGUGCUGCCAACGUUUGCAGUGACGGUCAAACUUCCCCCAGUCAUCACCAUCCUGGACACAUACGCUACACUGAAAGUGUGUGCUAAAUAUACAUACGGGAAGCCUGUAAACGGAACCGUGAAUUCGACCGUCUGCCGUAACAGUAUCAGAUACUUCUGGUUCCCACCAGGAAGCACAACACCAUCAGACAUCUGCAGGGACUAUACAAUGAAGACUGACAAGACAGGCUGUGGACAACGUGUCUUAAAUCUGCAAGAAUAUGUGUUAACUGACUCACGCUAUGAAAGUGUCAUUAAUGUUCAGAGUACGGUGGAAGAAUACGGCACUGGUGUGAUUAUGAAAGGCUCCGGCAGCUCGUCUAUAACAUCCGAUAUCAUCACCCUGUCGUUUGAGGAUUCACCGACGGUGUUUAAGCUGGGAAUUCUGUAUGAAGGACAGAUCAAACUGACCGGUCCAUAUGGCGAUCCUAUGAAAGGAAAAGUAGUGAUUCUGACUGUAAAUUAUGCUACGGUUAAAAAUGCAUUAUGGAGGCUGGUUACAAAUGACGAAGGCAUUGCAAAAUUUACCCUCUCUACUGAACUGUGGGGUCUGGAGCCGGUCUCUCUUCAGGCACAGUAUGAAGUGACUCCCAGACAAUUUGUAUAUAAGGAGAACGAUCUCACACCACGGUACCCCAGAGCCUACCUCACGCUUCAGCCUUUCUACUCCAUAAGCCACAGUUUUAUUCAAUUAAAGAGCAGCUCAAAUCCUUUCGACUGCAAUAAUAAAGCUGUGAUUGAAGCUCAGUACGUGAUACAUGACAGCACGCAUUCGAAACACCGGAACAACUUACCCUUCUUCUACAUGGUGAUGUCUAGGGGACAUGUAGUGCAGCAUGGACAAAUUCUGGAGGUCAUACAUCCAGGAAAAGCGGUGCACAGGGGCAAACUGUUUGUGUCACUGGAGAACACGUUAGCAUUGUCCCCAGUCGCUCAAGUCGUCUUAUACACAGUCCUUUCCACUGGUGAAGCUGUGGCAGACAGCAUGAACUUCCCCAUUCAGCUGUGUUUGGCUAACAAGGUGUCUCUGAAUUUCUCGGACUCCUCUGAGCUUCCUGGUGGUCAGGUGUCACUGAUUCUGAGAGCCACUCCAGGAUCACUGUGUUCAGUGAGGGCCAUAGAUCAGAGUCUGUUACUGCUGCAACCAGAGAAUGAACUCAACAUUCAGUCGGUCUUCAAUAUGCUGCCUGUUCAGAGCUUAUCAGGAUAUCCAUACAACAUUUAUGAUGAGGAUUCAUACCAUUGCUUGGAGAACCCACACAUUAUUGACAACAUAGUUGCAGCACCAAGGUCAAGAUUUAUCGGUUUUCCUAAUUAUGGAAAAACUGACGUGUACAACACCUUUAAAGAUGUUGGAAUAAAGAUCCUGACCAACACCGUAGUCAAGAAACCUUCUGAGUGUGUUAAUAGUCUGUUCUAUAUGAGGGGAGACGCAUCCAGGGAUGCACCGGCCGUCUCUCAGGGAGAAUCCGCUUCAGAGAAACCGGUCGUUACGAUCCGCAAAUAUUUCCCAGAGACGUGGAUAUGGGACCUUGUUUUAGUCGGUCAGUCUGGAGCGAUGGCUGCUAAUAAAACGGUCCCAGACUCCAUCACUACAUGGCAGGCUGAUGCAUUUUGUACAUCAUCUGUGGGGUUUGGAGUCGCCCCGAAAACUGAGCUUAUUGCCUUCCAGCCUUUCUUUGUGAGCCUCACCAUGCCCAGCUCUGUCAUCCGAGGAGAAGUGUUCAAACUCAAAGCCACCGUCUUCAACUACCUCCAAAGCUGUAUGAUGGUGAAUGUGAUUUUGGCUGAAUCAGAACAAUUCUCAUCACAAGACUGUAAAGGCUGCAGACACACAAGCUGUCUGUGUGCUGACGAGAGUCAGACCUUCUCCUGGACCAUCAGACCGCUGGUUCUCGGUGAGGUGACCAUCACUGUGACGGCGGAGGCCGUGCAGACGUCCACCCUGUGUGGAGUGAGUGCGGUUAUUGUACCAGAGAAAGGACGAAUCGACACGGUCAUUAAAACACUGCUGGUGCAGGCUGAAGGAACCAAACAGUAUAAAAGCUACAAUGAGCUUCUCUGUCCAGAUGGUGUUGCUGAGAAACUGGUCUCACUGAAACUGCCUGCGGUGCUCGUGGAUGGUUCAGCCAUGGCCUCGGUCUCUGUGCUGGGAGAUCUGAUGGGUCGAGCUUUACGGAACCUGGCGAGUCUCCUGGCGAUGCCGUACGGCUGUGGAGAGCAGAACAUGCUGCUCUUUGCUCCCAACAUCUUCAUCCUGCAGUACCUGGAGAGCACCAACCAACUCACUCCUCAGAUCAGGAGCACAGCUCAGACCUACCUCGUGACCGGAUACCAGGGAGAGCUGACCUACAAACACACUGAUGGAUCUUACAGCGCUUUUGGGAUGAGCGACGCAUCAGGAAACACAUGGCUGACGGCGUUCGUGAUGAAGUCUUUCGGAAAUGCGAAGAGGUACAUCUUCAUAGAUCAGGUGUUUGUGGACCAGGCGAAGUCCUGGCUCGGUCAACAGCAGCAGGCUAACGGAUGCUUUGCCUCAGUGGGACAACUCUUCCAUCUGGACAUGAAGGGAGGAGUAAAUGAUGACGUGACCCUCUCGGCGUACAUUACGGCUGCGAUGCUUGAGCUCAGUUAUACAGUAACAGAUCCUGUGGUGAAUAACGGUCUUACAUGCCUGAGGAACGCGUUCACUCAGGUGACCUCCACCUACACCAAGGCUCUCCUCUUCUACACCUUCACCCUGGCUGGAGAUCAGGGGAUGAGGAACACACUCAUCUCAGGCCUGGAUGCAGUGGCCAUAGUCUCAGGUGGUGGACGUCACUGGAGCAGCGUGAGUGAUGGAUCAGUGAUAGACUCUUUAGAGGUGGAGAUGACCUCGUAUGUGCUUCUGGCUCUGAUGUCUGGACCUGAGCUGCCCGGGUUUGGUCUGGGUUACAGCACCAGUAUCGUCCGCUGGCUUUCUCAGCAGCAGAACGCCUUCGGAGGCUUCGCGUCUACACAGGACACUGUCGUGGCUCUUCAGGCUCUGACCAAGUACAGCUACGCCACCUACAGUCCAGCAGGAUCUGUAACUGUUACUAUAACAUCACCAUCAGGGCUGAUUAACACGUUCACCAUCAAUCAGAGUAACAGACUGCUGUAUCAGGAGAGUGAGCUGAAGGAGGUUCCUGGUGAUUAUAACGUUAAAGCACAAGGGAAAGGCUGUGUGUACGUGCAGUUCACUCUGUGCUACAACAUCCCUCCUCCUCCUGAACGCUCUUCAUUCACUAUCUCAGCCAGAGCAUCUGGGACCUGCAGAAUCCCAACUCCGUAUCUGGAUUGGAUCAUUACUGUUUUGUAUAACGGCCAACGAUUGGAGACCAACAUGGUGAUCAUCGACGCCAAGCUUCUUUCUGGCUUCAGCUUGGACGAGACGUCUGUGAAGCUCGUGAACAGCGAUAACUCGACUGACGGAUCUGUGAAACGUGUGGAUCAGGCUGAUGGUAAAGUCCUCAUUUACCUUAAUAAACUGAAAAGUGGACAGGAGAAGGUCUACACCAUGAGGAUCGUGCAGGACGUCGUAGUGGGGAACCUGAAACCAGCCAUUGUGAAAGUGUACGAUUAUUACCAGACCAGUGAGUCUGCUGUAACUGACUACACAUCACCUUGUACUUAAUACACUACUGUGUGUUAUUUACACUGUUGUCUGUAACUUCAUUUACAUUUUACUUUUAUCUUUAGUAAAACUUUUAAAUCUCACAAAACUUUGGUGAACAAUAAAUAAGUAUUUUAUAUCUUCCUGAAAGAAAAAUCUGUCUCAUUACGAUCAACAUAAAUACGCAGUACGUCAUUCGUUGGGACUGGAACAGACAAUGCGACAAAAAUGUACGUACGUGAGACCCUGGAUAUGUUUUUUUAAAACAUAAGAUGCUUAAAUUCGUAAAAUUCUUUAUAGAUAUAAUCUCACUCAAUGCCAUAUGAGAUGAAGAGAAGGAGAAAUGUUGAUAAAGUGAUUAAU